AUGGCUCACUAUAUUACAUUUUUUUGGAUAGUUUUGGUCCUGCUUCUCCAGAAUUCUGUAUUAGCUGAAGAUGGGGAAAUAAGAUCAAGUUGCCGUACUGCUCCAACAGAUUUAGUUUUCAUCUUAGAUGGCUCUUACAGUGUUGGCCCGGAAAACUUUGAAAUAGUGAAAAAGUGGCUUGUCAAUAUCACAAAAAACUUUGACAUAGGACCGAAGUUUAUUCAAGUAGGAGUGGUCCAGUACAGUGACUACCCUGUGCUGGAGAUUCCCCUUGGAAGCUAUGAUUCUGGAGAGAAUCUGAUGGCAGCUAUGAAAUCCAUACACUACUUAGGAGGAAACACAAGGACUGGAAAGGCCAUCCAGUUUGCACUUGAUUACCUUUUUGCCAAGUCUUCACGAUUUCUGACUAAGAUAGCAGUGGUACUUACAGAUGGUAAAUCCCAAGACGAAGUGAAGGAUGCAGCAGAAGCAGCAAGAGACAGUAACAUAAUAUUAUUUGCUAUUGGUGUUGGUUCAGAAACAGAAGAUGCGGAACUUAGAGCUAUUGCCAACAAGCCUUCAUCUACUUAUGUGUUUUAUGUGGAAGACUAUAUUGCAAUAUCCAAAAUAAGAGAAGUGAUGAAGCAGAAACUUUGUGAAGAAUCUGUCUGUCCAACACGAAUUCCAGUGGCAGCUCGCGAUGAGAAAGGAUUUGAUAUUCUUUUAGGUUUGGGUGUGAAGAAAAAGGUUAAGAAGAGAAUCCAGCUUUCACCAACAAAGAUAAAAGGAUAUGAAGUAACAUCAAAAGUUGAUUUAUCAGAAUUAACAAGCAAUGUUUUCCCAGAAGGCCUUCCUCCAUCAUAUGUAUUUGUAUCCACUCAGAGAUUUAAGGUCAAGAAAAUAUGGGAUUUAUGGAGAAUAUUAACCAUCGAUGGAAGGCCACAAAUUGCAGUUACCUUAAAUGGUGUGGACAAAACCUUAUUAUUUACAACAACCAGCAUAAUUAAUGGCUCACAAGUGGCCACCUUUGCUGACACUCGAGUUAAGACAUUAUUUGAUGAAGGCUGGCAUCAGAUUCGUCUCUUAGUGACGGAGCAAGAUGUAACUCUGUAUAUCGAUGAUCAACAAAUUGAAAGCAAGCCCCUACAUCCAGUUCUAGGGAUUUUCAUCAGCGGGCAAACCCAAAUUGGAAAAUAUUCCGGGAAAGAAGAAACUGUUCAGUUUGAUGUCCAAAAGUUGCGAAUCUACUGUGACCCAGAACAGAACAACCGGGAGACGGCUUGUGAGAUUCCUGGAUUUAAUGGAGAGUGCCUUAAUGGUCCCAGUGAUGUAGGCUCAACUCCAGCUCCUUGUAUUUGUCCUCCAGGAAAACCAGGACUACAAGGCCCCAAAGGUGACCCUGGACUGCCUGGGAACCCUGGCUACCCUGGACAGCCUGGUCAAGAUGGUAAGCCUGGAUAUCAGGGAAUUGCAGGAUCACCAGGUGUUCCAGGAUCUUCAGGAAUACAAGGGGCCCGUGGACCACCAGGUCACAAAGGAGAACCGGGGAGAGAUGGUGAAAAGGGUGACCGUGGACUUCCUGGUUUUCCUGGGCUCCAUGGGAUACCAGGAUCAAAGGGUGAAAUGGGCCCUAAAGGAGAUAAAGGAUCACCUGGAUUUUAUGGGAAAAAGGGUGCAAAAGGCGAGAAGGGGAUUGCUGGUUUUCCUGGCCUUCCUGGACGUGCUGGAGAACCUGGAAGACAUGGAAAGGAUGGAUUAAUGGGAAGUCCUGGUGUCAAGGGAGAAGUGGGACCGCCAGGAGCGCCAGGGCAGGAUGGACCACAAGGAGAGCCUGGAAUCCCAGGAUUUCCUGGAAGCCAAGGAUUAAUGGGCCAAAAGGGAGAAAUUGGAUCUCCAGGACCACUAGGAAAAAAAGGAGCCCCAGGGAUGCCUGGUUUAACGGGAAGCAAUGGUUCACCGGGUCAGCCUGGAACACCAGGAUCUAAGGGGAGCAAAGGUGAACCUGGACUUCAAGGGAUGACAGGGGCUUCUGGGCUCAAGGGAGAACCAGGAGGAAUGGGUCCCCCAGGAGAACCAGGAUACAUGGGUUUACCUGGGAUGCAAGGAAAAAAGGGGGACAAAGGCUAUCAAGGUGAAAAAGGUGUUCAGGGUCAAAAGGGAGAAAAUGGAAGACAAGGAAUUCCAGGGCAGCAGGGAAUUCAAGGCCAUCCUGGUGCAAAAGGAGAGAGAGGUGACAAGGGGGAACCUGGUGUCAGAGGUGCCACUGGACCAAAAGGAGAAUCUGGAUUGGAUGGUCUGAGGGGGUCUGAGGGUCCCAAGGGACAACCUGGGGAAACAGGGCCUCAGGGACCUCCAGGAUUGGAUGGGAAGCCUGGAAGAGAAUUUUCAGAGCAGUUUAUUCGACAAGUUUGCACUGAUGUAUUAAGAGCCCAGCUACCCGUCUUACUUCAGAGUGAAAGAAUUCAACAUUGUGAUCAUUGCCAGUACCAACGUGGUUCCCCUGGUAACCCUGGGCCACCUGGUCCCAUAGGCCCAGAAGGUCCCCGAGGAUUUCCUGGUUUGCCAGGAAGAGAUGGUGUUCCUGGUUUAACAGGUGCCCCUGGACGCCCAGGUGCCAGAGGAUUAAAAGGUUUACCAGGGAGGAACGGGGCAAAGGGUGUCCAAGGGUUCGGGCAUCCUGGAGAACAGGGUCCCCCUGGUCCCCCAGGUCCAGAGGGCCCUCCUGGAAUAAGCAAAGAAGGUCCUCCAGGAGACCCAGGUGUUCCUGGCAAAGAUGGAAAUCAUGGAACCCCUGGAAUCCAAGGGCAACCAGGUCCCCCUGGAAUCUGCGAUCCAUCGCUGUGUUUUAGUGCAAUUGUCAGAAGAGAUCCGUUUAGAAAAGGACCAAACUAUUAG